UCGCUUCCCCAGGAUCCCUGUGACCACUGGGCCGCAGAGGUCAGACCAGACUAAGGGCCUGCGGAUGCCCCUGCCUGGCCCCCUUGCCUAAGCUGGCAGGGGGGCUGGGCCGGGCUGGGCAGCAGUCCCCUCUCACCCUGGUCAUGGAUCUCCUACCCCCAAAGCUCAAGUACAACGCACUUCGGAAUGAAUCUCUGUCAUCGCUGGAAGAGGGGGCUUCGAGAUCCACCCCUCCGGAGGAGCUGCCUUCCCCAUCAGUCUCGUCCCUGGGGCCCAUUCUGCCUUCUCUGCCUGGGGACGACAGUCCCACCACCCUGUGCUCCUUCUUCCCCCAGAUAAGCAACCUGAAGCUGGCCAAUCCGACUGGGGGGCGCCUGGGCCCUAAGGGGGAGCCUGGAAAGGCCACGGAAGAUGGGGAAGGGACUGCAGGGACAGCCAUGAUGGACUCAGGCCCCCUGCCCCUCCUCCAGGACAUGAACAAGCUGAGUGGAGGCGGCGGGCGCAAGACUUGGGUAGAAGGGGGCCAGCUGGGGUACGAGGAGUGGACCCGACACGGGAGCUUUGUCAAUAAGCCCACACGGGGCUGGCUGCAUCCCAACGACAAAGUCAUGGGACCCGGGGUUUCCUACUUGGUUCAGUACAUGGGCUGUGUGGAGGUCCUGCAGUCCAUGCGAGCCCUGGACUUCAACACCCGGACCCAGGUCACCAGGGAGGCCAUCAGUCUGGUGUGUGAGGCUGUGCCAAGUGCUAAGGGAGCAACAAGGAGGAGAAAGCCCUGUAGCCACCCGCCCAGCUCUAUCCUGGGGAGGAGUAACCUAAAAUUUGCCGGAAUGCCACUAACUCUCACAGUCUCCACCAGCAGCCUCAACCUCAUGGCCGCAGACUGCAAACAGAUCAUUGCCAACCACCACAUGCAAUCUAUCUCAUUCGUGUCUGGUGGGGAUCCGGACACAGCUGAGUAUGUUGCCUAUGUUGCCAAAGACCCCGUGAAUCAGAGAGCCUGCCACAUCCUGGAGUGUCCCGAAGGGCUUGCUCAGGACGUCAUCAGCACCAUUGGCCAGGCCUUUGAGUUGCGUUUCAAACAAUACCUCAGGAACCCACCUAAGCUGGUUGCCCCUCAUGACAGGAUGGCUGGUUUUGAUGGCUCUGCUUGGGAUGAGGAAGAAGAGGAGCCACCUGAUCAUCAGUACUACAAUGACUUCCCUGGGAAGGAACCCCCUCUUGGGGGGGUGGUAGACAUGAGGCUUCAGGAAGGAGCUACUCCAGGGGCUGCUCGACCCACUCCACCCAGUGCCCAGCCACCCAGCCACCUGGGAGCAACCCUGCCCAUAGGGCAGCCUGCUGCAGGAGACCCUGAAGUCCGUAAACAGAUGCUGCCUCCACCACCCUGCUCAGGCAGAGAGCUCUUUGAUGAUCCCUCCUAUGUCAACAUCCAGAACCUAGACAAGGCCAGGCAAGGGGGAGCCGGGCCCCCCAAUCUGGCCAUCAGUGGCAGCACACCCCGGGACCUCUUCAACAUGAAGCCCUUUGAAGAUGCUCUUCGGGCACCUCUGCCUGCCCAGUCCCUGUCCAUGGCUGAGCAGCUCCAAGGGGAGGCCUGGUUCCAUGGGAAGCUGAGCCAGCGGGAGGCCAAGGCGCUUCUGCAGCUCAAUGGUGACUUCCUGGUGCGCGAGAGUACAACCACACCUGGCCAAUAUGUGCUUACUGGCUUGCAGAGUGGGCAGCCCAAGCCCCUGCUUCUGGUUGACCCAGAGGGCGUGGUUUGGACAAAGGAUCACCACUUUGAUGUCAGUCACCUCAUUAGCUACCACGUGGACAAUCACCUGCCCAUCAUCUCUGCGGGCAGCGAACUGUGCCUACAGCAACCUGUGGAGCGGAAAGUGUGAUCUUUCCCCAGUCUCCCUCCCAGAGGAUGCCCCCCCCAGCCCUUCCACCCUGCUCCCCUAACCCUCAGGACUUCUGUUCUGUGGGCUUGGCUUGGGGUGGGAGCUGGGAGUACUGUGGACUCUGGGUUUAGUAUCCACCUGAAUGAGAGGGUUUGAGUUAGGAUCCUGGGGUAGCAUCCUGCUUGUCCCCAAACCUCACCAAAGUAUUAAU